AUGGCGAGCAAGGGCGCGUCAAGAUGGGCCGACACAGAGGAGGACGCGGCCCUCGAAAACAGGCUACGGCAAGACAAGGAAGAGAAGCGGCGCAAAAAGGCAGCCAAGGUACGACAGCAGGAGGAGCAGAAACGCGCCGCCGCCGCCGCCCCUGCCGCCCAAGAAGACGGCAACGACAGACCAUCUAAAAGACGGCGGCUCACGCCCGAGCCCGGAGCAGCCGCUGGCAACGCUGGCGACAACGACGACACCCCGGCAAAGGCGCCGCUGCUGCGGUUCGAGGCCGGCGGCUUCGGCAAGAGCCGCAGCGUCGACAACUACGAGAAGCUCAACGACAUCGAGGAGGGCACGUACGGGUGGGUGGCGCGGGCGACGAACCGCGCGACGGGCAAGGUGGUGGCGCUCAAGCGCCUCAAGAUGGAGCCGCAGGACCGCAACGGCGUGCCCGUCACGGGCCUGCGCGAGAUGCAGAUCCUCAAGGACUGCCGGCACCGCAACGUGGUCGGGCUCGAGGAGGUGGUGGUCGGCAGCGGCGGGGACGGCGCCAGCUCCGACAUCUUCCUCGUCCUCGAGUUCGUCGAGCACGACCUCAAGGGCAUCCUCGAGGACAUGCCCGAGCCCUUCCUCGCCUCCGAGAUCAAGUCGCUGCUGCACCAGCUCGCCUCGGGCGUCGCCUACCUGCAUGACAGCUGGGUCCUGCACCGCGACCUCAAGACGUCCAACCUGCUGCUCAACAACCGCGGGCGCCUCAAGAUUGCCGACUUUGGCAUGGCCCGCUACGUCGGCGACCCGCCCCCCGCGCGCCUCACGCAGCUCGUCGUCACCCUGUGGUACCGCGCCCCCGAGCUGCUCCUCGGCGCGCGCGACUAUGGCGCCGCCGUCGACAUGUGGAGCGUGGGAUGCGUCUUCGGCGAGCUCGUCCGCCGCGAGCCCCUCCUCCAGGGGACCAACGAGGUCAGCCAGACGCUCAAGAUCUUUGAGCUCUGCGGCCCGCCUUCCGACGAUAGAUGGCCCGGCUACCGCAAGCUGCCCAACGCGCGGAGCCUGCGCCUGCCGCCGCCGCAGUCCUCCCGCCAGCUCGCCUCCUCGGGGAGCCUCAUCCGCGCCCGCUUCCCCACAUUGACGGCCGCCGGCGUCGAUCUGCUGGAGAGCCUGCUCUCCCUGGACCCGGCACGCCGCCCCUCCGCCAAGGACAUGCUCCAGCAUGAGUACUUCUCCCAGGACCCCAAGCCCAAGCCCGAGGGCCUGUUCCCCACGUUCCCUAGCAAGGCCGGCCAGGAGCGCAGGAGGCGCCCCGAGCCCCACGCCCCGGCAAGGGGUCAGGCGGCCGCCGCUCUCGGCGACGUCGACCUGCGCGGCAUCUUCCAAGGCAGAGACGAGGAAGAGCGGGGAGCGGGCUUCUCACUACGCUUGGUGUAA